AUGGCGGCUAAGCUAUUCUCAUUCCUCGCCCUUGAGGCACUCUUGGGUCUAGCACGAGCAAGCCUUCAGUGUUCUGGACAGUUUGAGAAGGUCUCAGCUGGGGAAUGGGUCAAUCGUGCAAACCCGGGAUGGAAUCUGGGAAAUACCCUUGAUGCUUUGCCCACCGAGGGGAGUUGGGGAAACGUCGCUAACUUCUCGACAUUUGAUGACUUGGUUCAUGGAGGAUUCAAGGGACUCCGUCUACCCGUCAGCUGGGCUGAUCAUUUCAUCACGGGAGCACCGAGCUACACCGUGAAUGCUACCUGGUUGCAACGCGUUGAGGAUGUCGUAGACGCUGCACUGGAGCGUGGCCUUCACACCAUUGUCAAUGCGCACCACGAGUCGUGGUUUGAUCUUCCCGAUGCCAAUGGCAACUACACUGCUAUUGAACAGCAGUUCUACCAACUGUGGUAUCAAAUUGGAACCAAGCUAGGCUGCAAGUCUUCGUUGCUUGCCUUUGAACCCAUCAAUGAACCAUCGGCAAACACGGCGGAUCAGAUUGCAGAGUUGAACAAGAUCGAGGCUUUGUUCAUCCAGGCACUCGCCGACAGCGGUGGUUUCAAUGCGGACCGUGUUGUGACUCUGAUUGGACCAGGCGAAGGUCUCGAUAUACCCGGCAACCUCGUGUUGCCUACAAAUAUCACGAAUCCCUACGCUUUCCAGUUCCAUUACUACUCUCCCUACGAAUUCAUCUUCCAGGCAUGGGGAGAAACGCUGUGGGGAUCCGACUCGGAUAAAGCAGGCGUCGAUACUGAUUUCUCUGAAAUUCGAAACAAUUACACUGAUGUUCCUCUCCUGAUUGGCGAGUGGGAUGCUAAUCCAUCGACUGAGCGUGCAGCUCGUUGGAAGUACAUUGACUACCUGAUCCGUGACGCCCGCAAAUACAACAUCACUACAUUCAUGUGGGAUGCCGGCUCAGAUCUGCUCAACCGCACUUCCAAUACAUGGACUGACCCUGUCGCCCAUUCAAUCAUCAUCGAAGCUACAGCUGGAGUCAAUAACAGUCUUGCCGACAGCACCGAGGACGGUGGCGCUACUACACAGUGGUCGUCUGCCUACGUCUGGCACCAACUCGGAACACCAGUCGUUGACAUUACCAACCCUUAUAUCUUGAAUGGCAAUCAGCUAAAGAGCAUCAGUGGACCACACGGAAAUCUUGUCCACGGUCGAGACUAUGUUGUGAGCGGAGCCAAUGUGACGUACAAGGCCAGCUUCCUCUCGCAAUAUUUGUCCAGUAGCGCCACCGCUGCUCCCGGCGAGAAAGCCGUCCUGACCCUGAAUUUCUCACACGGCACAUUCCUCUACGCGACCCUUAUCGAGUGGGAUACACCAGUUCUCGCUACGACCGAAGUAUCUGCCGCUUCUGUGGGCAGCAAUGAUCUGUAUAUCCCUAUCACCUACAAAGGUUAUCCCCAGGUUGCUGCUGUUCAGGCGACACUCUCAGACGGCACGUAUCUGUUCGAUUCCUGGACCCAAUGGCUUGGACCACUUCAAAAAGGUCGAACGACCUCUGGUAGCCAAUUCAAUUGGGAUGCUAGCAGUGUGACCAUUCUGAACAGUGCCGUUCGAGCUGUGACCCAGGCUGGUAUCGAGGCUAAUUUCACCGUGGAAUUCUUCCCUCGACUCGGCAACCAGGGACCGAACGCAGUCAAUGUUACCAUCACGCCUUGA